AUGGCUGGCUGCGGCAAGCCGUCGCGGUCUGCCUCCACCAUCGUCGCCAACAUCGCGCGUGGGUACCACAUCCUCAAGGUCGAUGGCUACUCCUGUACCUUGGCGACGACGCCCACAGGAGAGCACCUGACGUCCCUCCCGUUCACCGUGGGUGGCCAUCGCUGGUACAUUCGCUUCUACUUCUACCCCAACGGCUGCACGUCGGAGGUCAAAGAUUACAUCUCGCUUUUUCUUUAUCUCCACGACAGCGUCGCCAAGCCAGGAAGGCGCAGUUCGAUUUCCGUUUCGUCGGCGACGUGGCGGAGCAGCCGUUGGAACUGGGAGGACCGCAUAGCUUUACGGAGUAUUGUGGGUACCCCAAGUUCAUCAAAAAGAAAGAUUUGGAAGAGUCGAAGCAUCUCCGGGACCAUUCCUUUGCCAUUCGGCGUAUUCACCAACGAAUUCCAUGUGGAGGAGGCGCCGGAAGCCACUGCUGCGGCCGCUAGGAUCUCCGUGCCCCCAUCUGACCUGCACCAGCAUCUCGGCAGUCUCCUGCUGUCCGAGAAGGGCGCCGAUGUGGUGUUCGACGUCGCCGCGAAAGAAGUGGAAGAGGUAGACUUAGAUGUAGAUGACGAUGACGAAGAAGAAGGUGUUUUUUCUCAGCACCUACUGACGAAAGAAGCGGAGGAGGGAGGCAUAGACGACGACGACGACGAUAAAGACGUUUUGUCUCAGCACCUCCUGGUGGCUGCAGACAAAUACAGCUUGGAGAGGCUGAAAUUGUUAUGUGAAAGCAAGCUGUGUGAGUACGUCGAUGUGGGCACGGUAGCAACCGUCCUGGCGCUAGCCGAGCAACACCAUUGCCAUGGACUGAAGAAGGUGUGUUUCCAUUUUCUCAGCUCUCCUGCAAAUUUGAGGGCAGUCGUGGCCAGCGUCGGAUUUGAGCAUCUGAGCAGAAGCUGUCCCUCUGUUAUGGUGGAGUUGGUUGCCAUGCAUCCUCGGCAACUUAGUUCCAUGAUGCCUGGUUUCGUUUAG